AUGCGAGUAGUGGAAUCAAUCGGGGAAUUAGCAACGCUUCGGCCGCACCUGCGAGACUUGUAUUUCGAAGAAGCCGACUCUCCCGAAGUCGAUUUUCUAACAGGAUGUGAUGUGUCGGAAGCACCCUGGGUCCUGGACCAGAGACUGGGCGACGGCAAAGAACCAUAUGCUGCUCGCGCCAUUUUCGGGCGCACAGUGUUUGGACCGUCACAUGCGACAAACCGUAAACCGUUGCCAUUGGACAAGCUACGCGAUUGGCUCAGCGGCCUGACAUUCCUGACCGCCGCGUCAAAGGACUAG